UGUUUUCAUAGAUCUUAUUUUGUUUAGUGCACGUGUGUGAAGAAAAUUAAAAUUUUACUAAAUUACAUUUUAAAAGUUUAACACUAAUAUUUUUCAAAAUGGCUCCAGUAAAAAAACAAAAGCCAAAUAAAUCACCCAAAACUAAUGAUAAACAAAAUGUGGUGGUUCAAAAUGCCGAUGAAACAGUUGUUUCAGGACAGCUACAAAAGAAAAUUAACAAAAAACAACAGCACCCCAAAAAAGAUGCCAAAGGUGUUGUCUUUAUCAAACAUUUACCACACGGCUUCUUUGAGGAGCAAUUGAAAAAAUAUUUCGAACAAUUCGGCAAUGUAACCCGGGUACGCUUGGCCCGCUCCAAACGCACUGGCACCAGCAAGGGCUAUGCUUUUGUUGAAUUCGAAUACCCCGAAGUAGCAGAAGUUGCCGCCGAAACUAUGGAUAACUACCUGAUGUUUAAAAAACUGGUCAAGGCCUCAUACAUACCACCGGAGAAGCAACAAUUCAAUUACUUCCGCACAUCAGUGAAAAAAAUCAGAAAUAAGUCGGGAAAAACAGUGUGGGUUUCCAGCAGAACUGCUUCUGUACAGCAAAAAAUGAAGCAACACAACGAUUGGUCUGAAGAAAACUAUCAGAAACGCACAGAAAAACAAUUGGCUAAACUUAAAAAAAUGGGUAAAAAAUAUGCUCAUCUUGGAAUUGAUAUUAAUGAAAUUAUCGCGCAACCUAAGAUUUUAACCGAAGAUGAGAAAAAGGCUUUGGACGAAUCCAAAGCAAAGGCAGCCGAAGAAGAAAAAGCUGCCAGCAGCUCAAAAGCAUUGAAACGGAAAACUCCAAAUGAGGACGCUUCCUCCAGCAAACAACAGAGCUCCAAGAAAUCGAAGAAAAAAGUUUCACUAGAAGAUCUAUUGGGAAACACUAUACAAGAAGAUUCUGAAGAUGAAGAUUACAUAGCUAUGGCUGAAGAUAGUGAAGAAGACGCUGAAGUAAAUGAGCAAUCUUCCGAUGAAGAAACUUACGGUUUUACUAAAGAAUCGGAUGAUGAUAAAGACGAGGAUGACAGUGAAAAUGAAAGCGAGGAAGAUCAUAUACCAAUUGUUGCGAAGAAACCCAAAAAGAAUUUUGGCAAAUCAUUAAAAGCUUCAAACGUUGAACGUUUUGAUCAAAUGCUAAAGCGUAAACCUCACACUGGCGCUAUUAACAAAAUCAAUAAGAAAGCCAUAAAGCAACCUGCAACAGUUUCGAAAAAUAAGGGUACUUUACAAAUGACUGCCGCCAAAGAAGUGGCCAAACCACUGUCUAAAGUUAAGGGCAAAUUAGGAAAGGCCAACAAAAAUGUUAAGAAAGUCAAAUAGUUGGCUGUAUGAUUUUUUAUUUUUGCAUACUUUCUAAAAACUCCAACUUAUUUUAAAAAUUGGUAUGUUUUUCGUUUGUUUCUAUAAGUUCUUUUUUCCCAAUAUUUUUUUAAUAUUUUUAUGUAUAUAAUUUUAAUAAAAAUUUGCAAAUAUUAUUCCGUUUGGUUUUUUACAAAUGGAAAAUUUAAAGUAAAA